AGAAAAGAGCAGGGAAUUCGAAUUUAAUCUGACGACGGCGGAGCAAGGACCGCGGCGGCCACAUACAAUCUACACGCAACAUUUGCCACACGAUCAGUAAGUCCUAUCAUGUAGCAUUUCUACUCAAUUGUAUUUUACCGUUUGGAUCAUUAAACGAAACAUUCGUGGGCUUUUAUUGCGUGAGUUAGGUUUACGGAAUCACAGAGUGUACGAGCUAAGAUUGUUUUUGUUACACAGAGAAUUCGUUUUCAUCAACGCAAACAAAUCGGCACUCGGCAGUCAUUUCAAUUUUACAGAUUGAAUCGAAAAGGCCACGAAAAAAGCUUGACCUCGGAAAUUGGUUAUCGUUGGACACGAAUUGAACACUCAAUGCAAGGUCGACAACUCAAACUAAGGUCAAAUUAAUUUUCGAAAUCACGCUAUUGCAAAAAUCCAGAGGACUAGAAAUUCAAAUUAAAUUUCCUUGAAGACAAAUUUUGAAGUUUACUUCUUGAAUUUAUUUGCUAUUUCCUAAAAUUUCCCAAUCCUUCCUUGCUACAAAAACUUCUAUAUACGCCCACAGAUAGUGUUCUCAAAUCUUAAAUCAGCGAAUUUUAAGCGAAGAUGUCAGCGUCCGCCGAACUUGCCCGCAAGCUGGAGAAGCGCAACAAGAUCAACGAGGGGGAAGUGUCCCCCACAAUGAACCAACAGGGGGUGUCCAUCAACUCCGAGAACCCCAACCUCGCCCCAUCAGCAUCCGACGAACUUGCCCUCAAAUUGGAGAAGCGCAACAAGAUCAACGAGGGAGAGGUGUCCCCUACUAUGAACCAUCAGGGGGUGUCCGUCUACUCUGAAAACCCCAACCUCACUCGGAAGACCAUCGAGCACCUGGAGACCAAAUUCAAAGAAGUGGCAGAGAAGACGCCGGACAGAACCAGUUUGAAGCUUCCGGAAUUGAAGACAGUAUUUGAAAACCUCGGCUGUCCGCAGACUCACGUGACUUUAACAGGACUGCUGCGAGAUGCGAAACAAGAUCCAAAAACGGGAGCCUUGACUUUCAGAGAGUUCCUAGCUGUUUUCAGGAAGGCGUGUUCGGACGAAAUAGACGAGGAUUCUCCUCUGAAGCAGUUGGCUAGUCUGAACGAUAUAGACGUGGGGGAGAAAGGAGUCACGGGGGCCAAAGAGUUCUUCCAGGCCAAGAUGAAGGCAUCAGCCGACAACAGCUUCGCCAAAGAGGUGGAGCAGGAGAAAGCACGCAAACUGCAAGAGGAAGAAGAGUCGAAGACCAAACAAGAGGCAUUCAAAGACAUGCGAUCCAAGUUCUGCGCAGCUUAGAAGACCUACAACAUUUAGCUCAUUAGAAACUCCCCGUUAUAUUUUGCCACGUCGAAAAACUUCUGUCACACAGUUGAUAUUUUUGAUAGCCAUUUACCACCGAGUAACUGUUGUUUUAAUAUAGAACUUUUCUUAAUUUGUGUUUGCCAA